GUGGCGGCUUGUUAUGAGGAAGGCCUCAGUACAUACAUAGCAGGGUAUAUUCCAGCAGGAUUAUUCCAAUAAUGUAAUUCCUAAGCAUUUACAGUUUAAAAUAGAUACCAUUCCUUAAUAAAAUAAAAAAACGAAAUGCAGAUAAAAGAUAAAUGUGCACUUGUAACCGGCGGGGCAAAUGGAAUUGGAUUUCUUUGCGUCAAACAAUUAUUAGAGCAUGGUGCUAAGAUAUGUUGAAGUUGACAUUUUUUGGACCAAUCUAGUAUACACAGUUCUUCAAAUUACUAUUGUAAUCUUGAUGAGGCCGUGCAUCGCGUCAUCUGGGCGAAACGUUGAAUUAACAAUGGAAGGACAAAUAUUAAAUUGCGUGGUCAUCGUGGACCAGGAGAAAUCGAGCGGAAUUGACGCAGUGGCGAAGUUGAUCAAAGAAUUUGGCAAAGAUCGAGCAGUUUUUCUGGCAUGUGAUGUAACAAGUGAGGUCGAAUUUACAGCUAAUUUCAAGAGAGCCAUUGAAAUAUGCCCAGAACUAGAUAUCCUCGUAAAUAAUGCAGGUAUUUUGAAUGAAAAACGGUGGGAGUUGAUGAUCGAUGUAAACUAUAGAGCGGUGGUUCGCGGAACACUUCUUGCUCUAGAUUAUAUGGGCAAGCACAAGGGUGGAAAAGGAGGAACAAUCCUUAAUGUUGCCUCAAUCACUCGUUUAAAUACUGUAGAAGAAAUUCCAAUAUAUUCAGGAACGAAAAGCGCUGUUUUAGGCUUCAGUCUGGGUAUCAAGAGCUUUUGCGAAAAAACGGGUGUACGAAUAUUGGCAAUAUGUCCAGGCUUUACGAGUACAAGCUUGGUUUCCGAAAUUCAGAAGAAAUGCUUAGAUUUUAUUGACGAGGAAAGGGUUAGCGAAACUUUACCAAAGUAUCCUACGCAGCCCGCCGAGACUGUUGCGGAAGCUAUAGUAGAACUGAUUGAGAAAGGUGAGAACGGCGCCACUUGGGUUAUUGAAGGAAAUGAACCUCCAUAUGCAGUCCAAAUACCCCAUUAUUCAACUUUUCGUAUUCCAAUUGAAACGCUUCUACUGCACCAGUGUUUGGGCUGACGGUGGGUUGGAACAAAUCUGCCCUCUUCGCCUUUGAUUGUUCACGCUUAAGUGCUCGCCUGAGUGACAACUGCAGAUCCCGCGCAAUCCGCGCAGCUCCUGUUACACAUACCUACGACACGGCGUCAAUUCUCGGAAGGACUAUAGAAGGGAGGGAUAUUGAAGGAUGCCACUGUACUUAAAUUCUGCCUUUCUUUCCUAGUUAUAUGAUAAAGUUUUGUCUAACGAGCCGAUCACGCUCAUGUUUCGCAACGUACUUUUUUCUGUACGUGCGUAUAAAAUGUUACUUUAAACGGCUGCUUAGCAAGCGCAAAAUUAUAAUUUCCCUACGAAACCGUUAUUGCAGCGUAUUGAAUCUUCAUUUCACAGAUGUUACUGAUUAUUUUUUCAUUCAAUAAAAAUAAAAAAUAAA